UGCCCCACUGGCAGGUGCGAAAGUGCCGGCUAUCAGCCACUUUGAGGGGAAGUUAGCGCAAGUUCGUCAUAACAGGGAUGGAACUGUUUUUUAAGCUCAAGAAGGCUACCAUACCGAUCAUCCUGGGCUGUGAUGCACGAAACACUUGCGGGACCCCACUCUUUAGAAGGUUCCUGCAGCUAAACAGGCGUAUAGGACCGAUGAUACUGAUAUUUGACUGAUCAAUGUUGAGCGCUCAAGUACAAAAGCCAUCCUUCAACCCACGAGGUAAGCGCAAGCACAAUCCCUCCUCCUCAAAUCAAGAUGAAGUUUGAACAAUCUGUAUGGGCAGCGCUGCUGAGCGCUUCCCUGGCCGUCUCAUCGCCCUCGAGGCCAAAGCCUUCGGCGUGCUCCUCCGCCACGAAGCCAGGCGGCCACAACUCCACGAAGCCAGCCGACUUCAGCUCUGCCUGCGCCUCCAUCGCUUCCAAGCUCGAGAUCGAAAAUGGCGUCGUGUACUUCUCCGAAUUCGUUGCCGCCGGAACAAACCUGACUUUCCCGGACAACGACGCGACGUGCACGCAGAAUUUCCAGCUCGUCCCUGCUGACAUCUGCCGAAUUGCGGCCUAUGUCUCGACGUCUAAUUCCUCUGGUUUCAACAUGGAGGCAUGGCUCCCGUCCAACUGGACGGGGCGGUAUCUCAGCACAGGCAAUGGUGGAUUGAACGGUUGUAUCAAGUACCAGGAUCUGGCGUACACUUCCGGUGCAGGCUUCGCGUCUGCUGGAACUAAUAACGGCCACAACGGAACGUCUGGCGCGCCUUUCUACAACCGUGGACAGGUUGUUCACGACUUUGCGUACCGCGCGCUCCAAACCGGCACGAAAGUUGGCAAGCAGAUCACCAAGCAGUUCUACGGCAAGGCCCACGACAAGUCGUACUACUUUGGUUGCUCGACUGGUGGCCGACAGGGAUUCAAAGCCGCGCAGGACUUUUCUGAGGAGUUUGACGGCAUUGUAGCAGGCGCACCUGCUCUUUCGUUCAACAACCUUACUUCCUGGAGUGGCUCCUUCUUCCGUGCUACUGGAGACAACACCUCCGACGCCUUCCUCACUCGCGCGCAGUGGGUGACAGUACAUGCUGAUGUGAUCAAGCAGUGUGAUCUGCUCGAUGGCUUCGCUGAUGGCGUCAUUGAGUACCCUGCGCUUUGCAACUAUGAUCCGGCCGGCCUGCUGUGCACCGGUAGCACCAACGGAAGCUCUUGCCUGACUGCCACGCAAGUUGAGACCGUCGAGAAAGUACUCUCGCCAAUCUACAACGAUGCUGGUGAUCUCGUUUACCCGCGUCUGCAACCCGGUGCGGAAAUUGUUGCUUCUGGAGUCUUCCUCGGAGGACGUCCGUUCCCCUACACCACAGACUGGUACAGAUACGCCAUCUACAACGACUCAACAUGGGACCCAGCCACGCUGAGCGGAACUGACUACGACAACGCCGCCCGCAUCAACCCCUACAACAUCCAGACCUGGAACGGCGACCUCAGCGAGGCCCAGAAGCACACCAAGAUCCUCCACUGGCACGGCGCCAUGGACGCCAUUAUCUCCAGCGCCAACUCGCCCCGCUACUACGAACACGUGAGCUCCACCAUGGGCCUCUCGCCCGCCGAGCUCGACGAGUUCUACCGCUACUUCACCGUCAGCGGUACUGCCCACUGCAGCGGCGGCGACGGUGCCCACGCCAUCGGCCAGGCCAGCGGCGCUGAAUUCACCACCUACGACCCCAAGGAGAACAUCCUGAUGGCCAUCGUCGACUGGGUCGAGAAGGGCAAUGCGCCCGAGACGCUCAUUGGCACCAAGUACGUCAACGACACGCAGAGCCUCGGUGUCCAGUUCCAGCGCGCCCACUGCAAGUACCCCAAGCGCAACCAGUACAAGGGCGAGGGUGACGCGAACCUGCUUACCAGCUGGGAGUGCGUUGAUGCUUAGAUUGGUGUAGAUUGG